GAUCUUGAUAAAGUUUCAAAAGAACUUGAUAAAGUCUCUAAAGAACUCGACAGGUCACGUAAAAGGAUCAAAUCCCUUAAAAGAGAGAAAGAGUUGUUGUUGGAUCGUAUCAGCCGGUAUGUGACUGACUCUUCUGAUUCUGAAAAAUCAAUUGAACUCUCGUCAGGGGCUUCAUCAGACUCUGAUGUAUCUUCGGCUCAACAAUCUAGAGCAUCAUCUAUCAUUCGUCAAAUAAAAAAACCCCGCGGGCGUAUUUCAAAUAAAAAAUCUUCUCCACCCACACCCGCAAAUAACAUUGUGAAUACCGUUCCCAUCCCUCAUGCUUCCGGGAAGGUUACGAAAAAGCGUGCUAGUAAACGUCCACUUAACGCUAAAACUAUGAAAGUUCAACAUGUUGAAAAGGAUGAUGAUGGAAAAUACAAACUUCCUGUUCAAAUUGGUAUAUUGACCGUAUUGAGUCUUGGUACCGUCGUUUAUGAACGUGAUACUUUUCACAACGAAAGAUACAUUUGGCCUGUUGCUUACAAUAGCAUGAUCAAUGCUGAUAGCCAAACAAUGUAUGUCUGUAGAAUUGAAGAUGGCGGUGAAGGUCCAAAA